AUGACCCCGCCCGGUCCCGCCCGGCCCCGCCCCUCCUGGGCCCUGCCCCUCCAGACCCCGCCCUUCUCCGCCCCGCCCCUCUCUCGCCCGGGCCCCACCCCUUCCCGGGCCCCACUCCUGGAGCGCACCUUUCCCGCGCCCGCCUCAGUCUUUGCCGGCCAUCCGGCCUCCCGGCGGUUGCGUGCUCCGCCCCCUCCCUCCGCGACGGCGCUCGCCUUCCCCGCCCCGCAGGCCUCACUCGGUUCAGGGCGGUUGGCCGCACGCCUGUCGGGGCGGGGCUGGAAUGGGCGACAGAGCCAAUGGGGCGCGGCGGCGGCGGCGGUGGCUGUUGCGGUGGCUGUUGCGGUGGCGGCUGUGUGGGACCCAGACGGGCUGAGAUGGAGGCAGAGGGAGGCGGAGGAAGGCGGCGUCGGCGGCAGCGGCGGAGGGAGGAAGGUGGCGGCGCCCGUCCUGCUGAGAGUGUCGGUGCGGCGGUGGGAGAGAGUAACCGACAUGCAGUGUGCCUCGCCCCCGGGAUCCUGCUCUCCAUCUGCGCCUACCAUGUGGAGCUGGAGAAGAAGCGGGACCACGGGCCCUCUGCGACCUGGGACCGUGGAUGAAGUGCUCCGCUGCGCUUGCCUCCAGGUGGACAUUAUACCACUGAUUACCAAAGCAGACACAAUUUCUAAACAUGAUUUACAGAUGUUUAAGAGUAAGAUAACGAGUGAAUUGAUUAGCAGUGGCAUCCAGAUAUAUCAGCUCCCAACAGAUGAAGAAACUGCUGCUCAAGCAAACUCCUCAAUUAAUGAAUAUAAAACCAUUAUUGACAGCUGUUCACCAGUAUUUACAAUAAGGUACGCCACAGAUUGUUUAUCCACUCACCGAUUGAAGGACAUCUUGGAUGCUUUCAAGUUUAGCAAUUAUGAACAAAGUUGCUAUAAACAUUUGUGUGCGGGCUUUUGUACAGACGCAAGUUUUCAACUUAUUUGGAUAAAUACUGAUGAGUGCACUUCUGGAUCAUAUGGUAAAAAAGUGCCUUUCACCUCCCACCAUGCUUCUAAGGCCUCCCCAGCCAUGUGGAAGUGCGCUGUUACCCUUUGCUGUGGUGGGGAGUAUGGAUGAAGUGAAAGUUGCAGAAAGGAUGGUCAGAGACCAUCACUACCCUUGGGGAGUUUUGCAAGAGUUUUGAAAGAUGAAGAUGGAGAAAGCCGUGUUCCAGGCGGAGAGACCAGCAUGAAGAGAUGUACAGAUGGAGAAAAGCCACUGUUUAAAAAAAAAAAAAAAAAAAAGGUAAAUUCAGCAGCAGUGUUUUUCAUCGAGAGGAAUAAUGGGAGGACAUUAUGGAGGCUGGAUGAUGGAAGUCCUUGAGUGCCAGAUGACAGAGCCUGGAUUUAUAAGGCAGCCAUGGAGGGCAGAGGAGAAACAUGGCUCAUUCAUUAAUGAAGCCUUUACUGCGAACCUGCCAUGUGUCACGUCCAAUGUGGGGGGCCUUGGGAUACAAAGAUGACCCCUGCCAGCAGAGCAUGCAUCUGGUGAGAGAUCUUGAUACGUAAACACAUAAACAAAACCAGAUGGUGUUGGUACCUCAAGCAGAGCCUCCAAGGGCACGUAUUAUCCAAGAUUCUUUUACUUGAAGUGAUAGACAUUGAACUCCAAUUGGCUUAAGUAAAAAGGAAAAUUUACUGGCUCACAUACAUGAAAGUUCCUGGGGGCAUCAGGUACAGUUGGAUCCAGGAAUUCCAUCCAUGUCAUCAGCACUGCUCCUUGUCUCUCAGCCUUGCUUUCCUCUAGGUUGGAACCAUCUCAGGUCAGCUUUCUUUAAGGGGUAGCCUGAGGAUCUCAGCAGUUUAUGCUAUGCUUAAACCCAAACAAAAGAUCUCUUUCCCAAUAGUCUCAACUGAAGUCCUGGAACUGAGUCUCAUCAUCUCUUAAUUUCCCUAGCUUAGUCACAUGCCCUUUCAUGAAACAAUCCCUGUGGCAAGAGCGAUAUCAUGCUCUGAUUGGUCAUCAGUGACAUGCCUGGAGUGGGGGUCAAGUCUGCCGCAUGUGCUGAGACUGGGGAGAAGUUUUCUAUAGUAGACAGCAUUGGCUGCAUAACCCCACACCCUCGAGCUCCUUUUCUCUUUAUCUCCAUUUUGGAGGCUAGAAAAAUGAAAUGCUAGCCUUCCUCAUCUCCUUUGCAGCUAGAGAGAAUCUUAACACAGCUCUAGCUAAUGAGAUAUAAAUGGAAGUAUGCUGGGGGCAACUGGAAAAACUUUGGCUUUUCUCAUUAAAAAAAAAAAAGAACAAAUGCAAAUUGUGCUUCCUUCUUCCAUUCCUUCAUCCUGCUUUGAGUGCUGAUGUGAUGCCUGGAGCUGCGAGCAUGAGGAUAGAAAGGCUGAAUCAAAGCAGGCAACCACCUAUCUUCAGACUUAGUGCUAUGUGAAUGAAAUAAAUCCUUAUGUUGCAGCCA